CUGGAAGCACUCGUUGGGCACACCUGCCAGCGUGCAGCAGACACAGACUGUUAACCUCAAGAUCUGGAAGUGUUUGAAAGUCAACGAAGCUUCACAAUCUCUACCACUUUUUGCCUUCAUCAAAGAUCGGCAACAAGACCUCUUACGCUUCUUCUUGGGGGAAAAAAAAAGAUUUAUAGUACAUUAAUUUUGAUCUUGCCCACUAGAUCUCACUUCUGCUUGUAAGGCACCUGGCGGAUCAUGACCCUGCAAGCAUUAUCUCCAGUGAACUGUACAGGCCUCCUGCAGCCUGGCUGCUCCCUGCUACAGCUGGAUGGGGAAAUCCUGCUGUUCGGCCAGAAAGGCUGGCCAAAGCGUUCAUGUCCGACAGGAGUCUUUGGUGUCAGGAUCAAACAUAGUGAGAUGAAGCUGAGGGCCAUAUCCUUCUCUAACGACUCGUGUUAUCUCCCUCCGCUGCGCUGUCCAGCCGUCUGCCGCCUCGACCCCUACGACGGACUCCCAGAGAGUUAUCUCAUCCAUGGAGGCCGCACCCCUAACAAUGAGAUCUCAUCGAGCUUGUACCUGCUUACUAUGGAUAGUCGCGGUUGCAAUCGCAAACUAACGCUCAAGUGCAAAGAGAAAGAGCUGGUGGGGGAAGUGCCAGGGGCCCGAUAUGGCCAUGCAAUGAGCAUCGUGCAAAGCCGAGGGAAGACAGCCUGUGUGAUGUUUGGGGGCAGGUCCUACAUGCCUGCAGGAGAGCGGACCACAGAAAGAUGGAACAGUGUUGUUGACUGUCCUCCUCAGGUUUUCCUCUUUGAUCUUGAGUUUGGGUGCUCCUCGGCUCACACUUUGCCUGAGCUCAGUGACGGACAGUCCUUUCACGUAGCUAUUGCCAGAGAGGACAGCGUGUACUUUAUAGGCGGCCAUUCUAUCACCUCUGACUCACGUCCUCCUCGUCUGUUCCGCCUUCGUGUGGAACUCCUGCAGGGAAGCCCUUUGCUUUCCUGCGAGACCCUAGACUUUGGCUUGUCCAUCUCUAGUGCCCUCGUUACACGCACGGGUCCUGGUCAUAAAUAUAUUGUGUUAGGCGGAUACCAGUCUGACUCCCAAAAGAGAAUGGAGUGCAACACGGUCAUUCUGGAUGAGAAGGGCAUCCACAUUGAGCACCUAGAACCUCCCAAGUGGACUCAAGAUAUCAUCCAUAGUCGCACGUGGUUUGGAGGCAGUGCUGGAGACGGCUGCAUCCUGUUGGCUGUUCCCACCGAAGGGAGACCAUCCCAGCCUGACGUGCAUUACUUCUAUCAUGUCAGCUUCCAACAAGAGAAGGAAUCCAAUGAGGAAGAAGGGACCCAGGCAUGCAGCCAAGAGUCAACAGAUUACGACAACUCCACUCCGCUUGAGGACUCUGAGGAGCUCUACUUUGGUCGUGAGCCACACGAGCUGGAAAACAGUAGCGAUGACGAGGGAGACAUUUACAACGAGGAGGAUGAGGAGGAUGAAUCACAAACUGGUUACUGGAUCAAAUGCUGCCUUGGCUGUCAGGUGGACCCCAACACAUGGGAGCCAUUAUACUCCACAGAGCUCCACCGCCCAGCCAUGAUUUUCUGCUCGAAAGGGGAGGAGGGACACUGGGUCCAUGCUCAGUGCAUGGAGCUGUCUGAGACCCUGUUAGUCAAACUAUCUCAGGGAAGCAAAAAGUACUUCUGUUUAGAUCACGGAGGCCUGCCUUACCAGGAGAUGACCCCACCAAGACAGAUCAUUCCAGUGAAGCGCACCCCAAUGAAAGUGAAGGAGAGAAAUGGGCCCCUGAUGUUAAAAAUGUCCCCAGCCAAAAAAAGCUUUUUCAAGAGACUUUUUGAUUGAGUUCCAUUUCCUUUAUGAUAGUUGUGGAAAUGCCAAUCUUUGUUAAACGCGCUAUCUGGAAUAGAAAUUAAUUGUACAAGAUGCGUACUUUCAUGAGAACUCCCUGAAUACAUUGAGAAAUACAAGAUGUUCUGUUUCAAUUUUAACAUUUUAUUGCAAAUUUUUAAUUGAAAUGAAUUACCACAGAUUUUACUUUCCAAUGUUUUUCAAGCCCCUUUAAAUUACAUUAACCAUAAAUUCCUGUUGAAAGCUGUAAUCUCUCAAUAAAAUGUAACAAAAAAAAUGUGUGAUGAAAAUAAAAAUGUAAUAAAGAUGCAUUUUGUGACUUUG